CACCACCAACUUAAAGACUCCCGAUUAAUUAUUUUCAAUUAAUCAAACAUCAAUAUUCCCAAUUUGAACCAAAUUCACCAACAACUAUCGAAAUGGAAAACAAAUCUCAAGAUGUACCGAAAAAAUGCUUCUGCGCAAGAUGUUUUCAACCAAUAGAUGAAAAAGAAAAAAUCGAAAUCGAUGGACAAAACUUCCAUAGGGUGUGCGGCACGUGCUGCAUAUGCCGACACAUCCCCGCGAAACUGAAGAUGUUUUACGGCCAUGUCUUCUGCGAAGAGUGCUUCAAGACGUUUGUACUUGCGAGGCUCCGCGGGGAAACUCCGCAGGUUCACGUGGACAGCUGGUGGAUGCAGUUUGCACCGGGAGUCAAGGCUCAGGCAACUGCAAGUGAAGCUGGACAGCAACCUCCCAAACCGGAAGCGAAGCCGGAAACGAAACCGGAUGCGAAGCCUGAGCAGCCGUCUGAAUGCAAGCGUUGCGUGUGCGCCCGCUGCUUGCAACCUGUUGAUGACUCUGACAAAGUGGUCAUCGGUGGACAGGCGUUCCACUGUUGUUGCGCGAGAUGUUGCUCAUGCCACCAAGUGCCAAAAGACAACAUCAAGAUUUACUGCGGCCAAGUUUUCUGCGAGGCGUGCUUCAACCAUCACAUCAUGAGCCGCAACAGGGAUAAUCCUACGGAGUUUUUCAGAAGCUGCUUCGAGCAAUGGCAGAACAACCCCCAAUUCGCCGAGCACAUGCGUAUGUUUAUGGAGAGCAGCGCGAGUGCGCAUGCGCCGCUAGUCUUCAUGACACCGCCGACCUGCCGGGUCAAUGCGGAGAGAGAGGAAGUGGACUCCAAGUCCGCGACGCCCGCCUCGACUCUGCAGUCAUGGGACCUCACCAACUACUCGAGAACAGAGGUCUCGAAGCCAGAGUCGCAUUCUUCAGCCAAGCCCUCAACUAUGGCGGCCGCGGAAAAAAUCGAAAAGCUGACAAAAUACCUUCGAGAUACGUCAAAUUUUAAUACGGAAACGCCGAAAAAAUGGAAAAGAGAUUCGAUCGCUCCGAAUUGGAACCAUUUGUCACGGCCAGUUGUGUCGUCUCGUUCGAGUUGUCCUAAAUGUCUGUGGCAGUCCGGUACGAUUUAUGUCAAUCGUGAUUAGUGAUCGGGAGUUUAGUUUUGAAUAAAUUGUGG